AUGCCGUGUUUAGAUACGCAAAACUGGAACGUCACUGGUCUCAUAGGCGCCUUUUUGAAUCUUGCAAUAGCCUAUUUUCUUCUCUGUACAUCUCUUUUUGUACAUCUCGCGUUAAGAUUUCUAGGGUUUCUAGGUUUAUCUCUUCCAAGGUUUCACAACGGACGUUUCGAUGAUGCAAACAUGAGGAAAUGCUUUCAAGAUUGUGCAUCAGAGAGAAUCUCAGCCGUAGAUAGAUCGGUGAGAAGCAAAGUCCCCUUCUGUUCGGUUACCAGUGAUGAUGAUUCGAACCGGUUUGUUGAAAUGAAGCUGGUGAGAAAGAACACUGGUGAUAUAAGUAAUGCUAGAGUUAAAGAUGAAACAGAGGAUGUGUCAAGAGAAGAACAAAAUGUAAUUAACAAUAAGGCAGGACUCGGUGGAUUAAAUCUGAUGACCGUUCAGGGCACAAAAGGCAAGCGUUUUGUUACCCGAAGAACAAGAAACGGUCUCAAAAGCCAUAGGAGAUGUCGCAUGGACUGUGGAACUCUUAGGUCGGUCUCUUCAUCAGAAGCUUUCGAUGAGAGCAUAAGAAACCCUUUGGUGCAGCCUUGUGAUGUCUUUAUCAGAGCUAAGAAUGAGAGAUUUUCCAAUGAUGACCGUAAAGGUUUUCUUUCUUUAUCAGAUGGUGUCAAGGCAACAGAGAGGAUUAAUCUGUCUCAUUGGCCGGAGUUUGAGAAAACUGUACCAGUUAACGAACCGGUUAACGCCAAUGCAUCAGCAGAGAAAUAUUUUGUCAGAAAUGUAGAAGAAAAGUCUGUUUCGGUUUUAGAAGAGUUGUUGAAAGAAGAGAGAGCUGCUCGAGCAGCGAUUUGCGUUGAGCUGGACAAGGAGAGAAGCGCAGCAGCAUCAGCAGCUGAUGAAGCCAUGGCGAUGAUACAUAGGCUGCAAGAUGAGAAGGCAGCGACAGAAAUGGAAGCAAUGCAGUUCCAGAGAAUGGUUGAAGAGAAAUCAACAUUUGAUGCUGAAGAGAUGGUCAUACUCAAAGACAUUUUGAUACGGCGUGAGAGGGAAAAGCAUUUCUUGGAGAAAGAAGUUGAAGCUUAUAGAGAGCUACUCGUUGAGGCUGACGAAUUAGAAUGUUCUUCAACAAGACAGGAAAAUCUUCCAGAGGGUAAAGAAAAGACGGCGAAACCGACAGAUUCCCAAGAGAGAAGAGCUUUGCUUGUUCAAGAACUUGAUGUGCCGUGUAGAGAAGAAGAAAACAGAGAUAAAACCCUAGAUUUGUAUAAAUCAGAUUCAGAGGUUGCGUAUUCGAGGGUGCGUGAUGUUCACAUGGUGAAGGAAGAGACGGAGAACGUUGGUAAGAAGAAGAAUCUAGAUGAAUCCUCCGUUGGCAAACCUGAGGAGUCAUUACAAGGAAAUGGUAUCAUUGUUUCGGGGAUUGCUCGAAAGCUUCCACCGUUAUGUCGUCCACGAAGGAAAUCGCUAAGCUCUUCGGGUUCGAGGAGGAAAUCGAUGUCUGCAGUUGAUUAUGAGAGGUUAAAGAUUGAGAAUGAAGUGGAACUAUUGAGAGAAAGAUUAAAGGCUGUUCAAGAGGAAAGAGAGGAGCUUACACGACGAGCAUCUUUGCCUCCUUUAUCAUCAAAGGUUAGGGUUACGUCAGAGAAACGAGGUUGGAGAAGCUCUUCUGUGGACCUUCACUCUUCUUGA